AUUUUCUCAAGCCGCUUCCUCGAUUUGUAUUUGGUUGGACAACAGCCCAUAACUUGAACCCGUCUUUAAUGCCCGUAUCUCUGCGAGAGUUUCCGAAAUAGUUAUGAAUCUUAUACUGGCUGUAACCACGGCUCUGCACCUAGUUUUGGUGGUAUUGGCGCACAAUCCGUUGUCAAUUCGUGGCGAAAGCCUUUCUGAUGGCAUUCGUCUGGUCAUGGAAAAGAGGUCGGGCGAUGUAGUACACAUUCGUCCAGCUCGGGGCACCCUGGAGGACGAAACAGUCGCAUCCACAUCUACAACAAAAAGUGACACCCACCGCACCAGGAAUAAUCGUAAGCCGAACAAGCCGCAAGAGCACUCUCAGCAGGUUGGGGCCCACAAGUCGGGAUCUAGAAAACUAGUGGUUGCGGAAAAUGGCGGGGCACUGUCAUCACAGCUACCACAACCAAAUCACAAACAAGGCCACAAGAACACUGAUAAGCAACAACGAGGAGGAGGAUCCAAGCAGCAGCGAGGACAUGGCCAACAUCAUGGAGGCAAUAGGAAAGGGCCUAAGGCAGCGACUCCAGAGAAUGGAUCGACUUGCCGAUACGCAAAGAGCGCUUGGUCCGAUUGCGAUCACAAGACCAACAUGCGUUCACGAGUCCUGUCCCUAAGGAAAGGAGAGCAAAACUGCUUGUCCACGCGGACCAUACAAAAGAAGUGCAAGAAAGGCUGCCGCUAUGAAAAGGGUGAAUGGUCUCAAUGCGUCGGAGGACAAAUAACCAGAGAGGAUAAGUUGGAACCAGAGGCAACUGGCGGAAGUGAUCAAAACUGCAAUCCUGUGCGCACCGUCAGCAAGAAGUGUAAAGUAAAUGGCAAUUCGAGUGGAGGAAAACAACACGGGCAGAGUCGUCGGACAAAAGAGCAAAAGCAGAGGGAUAAGGGAGCCGGUCGCAUUUCGUCUUGAUAAUGAAAAUUAUUUAUUUUAUACGUAUACGGAAGCAACAUUUGUAAUAUUAAAUAAGCAAUUUUCAAACGCUAGCCCGUACGGACUACAAGAACAACAAUAAA